CUUCAACUUCCACACCUUUUGCACUGGGGCAACACACCGCGAAGCUGAGCCGAAAUGUGGCUGCUGACGGCGGUCAUCGUCGCCUGCCUGGCUGUGCCUCUCCGCUACUGCUUGUGCAAACCGCUGCCCGCCGCUAUUCGGCAGCAGUGGAAGCUUCGGCUGCUGGACGACCUCCUCAAAUUUGUAAUCGGCCUGGCGUAUGUGAUGGAGCGAAUGGGCUUGGGGCACUACGUCAAGCCCGCGCAAAAGAGUUCCAAGGGUCUGAAGGGCAUCGCGGAGAAGUUGACGGGCAAGACGGGCGCAGGCAACUUGGCGGUUAGCGACGAGGCUUUCGGCGGCGUCCCCGUUCGCGUUUACCGGCCCCUGACGUCAGCUGAGGGUCGCCUCAGGAGGGGGCUGCUCUACAUCCAUGGAGGAGGCUGGGCCUACGGCAGUGCCAAGGACGGCGCGUACGAUCGAGCCUGCCGCAAAAUGUCCCAAGAUCUUGACAUGGUCGUGGUUUCUGUUGAUUAUCGUCUGUAUCCCGAGAGCCGCUUCCCGACGCCAUUCCUGGACUGCCUCGCGGCCGCCAAGCACUUCCUGUCCUCGGAGGUGCUGGCCGAGCACGGCGUGGACCCGCAACGCGUGGCCGUGUCGGGGGACAGCGCCGGGGGGAACUUGGCGGCGGCGCUGGCCCAACAAAUUGCCGUAGAUGACAGCAUGAGGGUGAAAUUCAGCGUGCAGGCUUUGAUCUACCCGGCCCUUCAAGCUCUGGAUUUCAACACGCCAUCCUAUCAGCAGAACCGGGACAUGGUCCUCCUCAGCCGUCCGGCCAUGGUCCAGUUUUGGCUGCAGUACCUGGGGGCCGACCUCUCCCUUAAACCGCACUUCCUCGCCAACCGACACAGCUCCGAGGUUGCGCCGGAGCCGAAGGCUCGCGUGGACUGGACCACCCUCCUUCAACCGAAGUACUGCAAGGACUACUUGGCAGUACGUGACGAGGAGCACCGUAAAAUGCAAAGAAUCCCGGAUGAGAUUCCCGGUCUGCUGGACGUGCGCGCGGCACCCCUCCUGGCCGAAGCCGAGGUCCUGGCCAAGUGCCCCCGGGCUUACGUCAUGACCUGCGAGUACGACGUGCUGAGAGACGACGGCUUGAUGUACGCUCGCCGCUUGAGUGACGCCGGUGUGGCGGUCACGGCCGAGAACUACCCGGACGGAUUCCACGCCUGCUUCAGCCUCACCACGUGGCCCUUCAAGUUUGACGUCGGGGUGAGGGCCUUCGCGGCCUACGUCCAGUGGCUACGCGACAACUUGUAAGGGACUUGACGCGAAUCCAAAUAAAAAGUCGAGUCAGGGAGCAGUCGGAGGGAUGGAUUGACAGCGAGACAGAGCAAUGGCCGUCACUCAAAGUUGACCGAAGAUCUCCUAUUCAGCGCCUUACACUCCCGCGAUCGACGUCGAUUUAUCGCACCUGCACCCACACGCUCACGGAAAAAAAUAAACGAGAUGCAAGACAAAAUCGAGUUUGGAGAAAGGAAAUCACUGCCUACCUUAGUGGGAGACUCGACACCGGGGAGGUGGGGACGGACUUUUGGGGCGUCUAAGGUGCCCAAAUUAGAACUUCUGCAGUUUGAAAAAUUUUCUUCUGGUGCUUCGGAUUCCCUUUCUUUGACAAUGCCAUCGGUGCAUUGCUGAUCAAACACUCUUGGAAUGAGAAUAAACGAACAAAAAAUAAAUAAAUCGUGAUCCAUCUCAACAGCUCUGAUCGCUAGCUGAGUGCUAGCCGCUAACAACUUCCGGUGAUGCAGGUUAAAGUUGGCCUACUUUUUUAUUUUAUUUUUAAUAUCGUUUUGUUUUUUGGGGGGGGUGAACGUAAAACCGAAAUGAUUCUUGGAUAGCAUUAUACAUAAACACAUUUUUUGUUAUAUUAAUAACACGCACGCAGACAGACAAAUCCCCCCCCCCCCCCCCCCGACACCCCUCAAAGUUGACUUUGGGCCAGUCCGCGAGACGACGAACCGGGAAGCUGCGAUGUAAGAGUGUUUCCUCUACAAUUUGUAAAUGUACAGAAAUUUGUGUUUUAACAGCUUUCCCGAUUAAAUAAAUGGAAACGUGAAUCAUAUUAUUCAGUACUAGACGUGGUUGUUUUGUUUCUUUCAAGGCAUUUGUAGUUGUGGAGAUCAUCUUCUGUAUAUACAUUUUGAGCAUUGAAAUACAUG